AUGUCGUCGCUGGAUCAGCGGGCAGCCUCCGAGUCCCCGCCAAUAUCACCAGUAUCGACCUCACCAACUUCAAGCAUUGUCUAUCCCAUCAAGUCCUUGCUGACCGGCAAAUUCCAGAGUACUCGCCAAAGCAGUGGCCUUACGGAGUUGUCGCGCUCUCGCUCGGAAGACAAUAUUCACGGUGUACUGGACGAGAGGCCCGACCAUUUUGCUGAAAAUGGCUAUAUGUCGCGCAACUCCUGGCAUGAUGCGACAAUGACUGCUCCAACAACAUCAGACCGCGAUUGGAUUGCCCCUGUACUUGAACGGCGCCAUUCUUCGAACAGUCUCGACGCUAUUACGGGAAACUCCAGCAGUCUUGGUCAUCGAAAACGCACACCUUCCCCAAACUAUCGACACUACCCUGCUGAAGAUAACACCGACUUUCCUCGUACGUUUGCCACCACUAGUUCUUUCAUCGAACAGGACAGGUAUAUAUCGCGGGAUACCCUCACUAUGGAGACCUUGUCGAGCGUCAUGAGUCAGAGUACCGAGCUCAUGUCGCCUUCCCUAGCCGAAACAGAUGCCCCCGAGACAGGCAAUAUCGUCCCGGAAGCUGCUCCGGACGCCUUCCUGUUAUCAAGCGAAAAGGUCAAGGUUUCAAGCCCGACUGCUUCCACAUCGACUUUACCUUUUAACCCGUCGCAAUACGGACUAGUUCAUCUGGGUCCACUCUCUACCGUGCAAAGUAGCUAUUCCCGCAACUCGUCACACUCGUAUCCCGGUCCUGGUUCCGUUUUUUCGUCGGAUUCAAAACCAUCCACAUACUAUAGUGCAAACACACAUCAGACGGGCUCUGGUCACGCAUCUCCGGCACUCAUCGAGCAUGUACCGAAAGGCUUGCUUCUUGUUUCAGAAACCCUAGAUAGAGCGGCUUCCCAUCUACACCUUUCAUCCUCCACUUACAGUCAAGAUUCGUCCGCGGUCCCUAGUCUAGCGCCUUCGCCGACAGAGUCUGACCCCCCGCAACAAGCCUUGUCCACCGCCGAGUCGUCCCCUUUGUCCCUUGCCGUCCCCGAUACAAAAUCCGAUUGCGAUCCAACGCCUGUUAUAGAAUUAUCAGUGCUUGCUACAAAAGCCAAUCAUGAUGUUGACCCCCCUUCUGAGGAUAAGGAAAUCCCUUCCAAUACGCCUCAUCAUCACCAUACAACUUUUCGAUACAAACACGAGAAAGAUGAAGAUGGCCACCACGUUAUUAUAGGCAGAGAAGGUACUCUAUACAAGUGCGAGGACGAGCCGAUCCGAACUCCCGGUGCAGUUCAAGGAUUUGGUGUUCUCAUUGUUGUUGAAGAAACAGAAGACGCGUUGGUAGUACGACAGCUUUCCGAGAACUCAGAUGAACUUCUGGGACUGCCUGCCAAAUAUCUGUUCUCCUUAGAAUGCUUUACCGAUACCUUACCCGAUUCGCAAGCUAGCCUCCUUUGGGAUAACAUCCAAUUUCUUCACGGAGGCGUUCAAUCCGACGAAGACGAUUCGCCUCAUGUAUUCCUGCUUAGUGGCUUCGGUGCCCCCGAUUCCGAGGAGGGCACUAGGCGAUCCUGGACGUGUUGGUGUGCAAUACAUCGUCCCAAGGCUUCAGAGACGACACUCAAGAGAUUUAUCGUAAUGGAAUUCGAACUCGAGAAGGACACUCUUAACCCGCUUUAUCCGCCUGGUGAUCCCGACCUAAUUUCGCCGAUGGAGUCGACAUCAAAUAAUUCGGCAGGCGAUUAUGGUUGGAAUCUUACCUCAUCGUCGCACAUGGGUGGUCCCACUUCAGAAAGUUCUUAUAGCAGCUUUAGCAUAUCGUUGGAGCCUGCGUCGGACGAACAUAACCCCUCCGACGAUGUCGACGACCCGACAAACACAACAUGCGCCGAUGACAUCGUUGCGAGUACUACAACCUACUCGAAGCCUAUUCCAGCCUUGGAGCGUCUACGACGAAUGGCACAGACUAAACCACUUGCUGAAACUAGUCGCUCGCGUCGUCAAGGGAAACGUGGACAUACAGACAGUCCUGGCAGAGGUUCUGUAGGCAUGAUGGACGUGUUUGCUGUCGUCUCACAGAUAAACGAACAAUUAGGAGCUGCCGGCGAUCUGCUGACGUUCUUGAAUGUUCUGGUAGGAGUGAUCAAGGACUUGACCCAGUUCCAUCGGGUAAUGACAUACCAAUUCGAUGAAUCUUGGAACGGGGUUGUAGUUGCGGAACUCAUGGACUGGUCCAAGGUGCAACAACUGUACCGUGGGCUUCAUUUCCCGGCGUCUGACAUACCUGCGCAAGUACGUCUCUCCUUUCUCUUCUAUCUGAAUGGUGAUAGAUAUCUUGAAGGCGAGGACCCUCUACGCAACCAGUAA